AUGCAACAAAACAAGAACUCCUAUGCCUCCAAUACUUUUGGUAACAAUUUCGGUAACAAUAAUUAUGCCUCAAGUGUUUAUAGCUCAUAUCCUAGCCCGGGCGUUUCUGUAUACUCGCCAACUUCCACCAAUGAUUUGAAAAACGCCAACGAUUCUGGCCACGUUUGGGGACAAAAUCCCUUGAAGGUGCAAAACUACUCCCACUCUAUUUGGGACCAGAAGCUUCCUGCCUCACAAAUGAACAUGAAUGCUCCUAGCUACUUUCCUUCCGCUGAAUCCAAUGCUACCUCCACAAACAACACAAGUGCCCCUGCUGCAAGCGAUUUGAUGCACAGUAGUACAUCAAAAAGCCUUCUUCCUCGGUCGUUUCUUAAUGGCGAUGAUGAGCUUGAUUUUGGCGGUUCCGAACAGAACUAUCGCCCCCGGUCCAGUUACACGUCACCAUCGUCGAAUCAGGUCUCAAAUAGCACCAUCAACACUCUGCCCACCUACACCCACAGGACAUCUUGCGUGACUGUUCGUUCUGAUACAGACUUAAUGGAACGGGAUACCUCCAAGCUUAAGAACGAGUUAGCAUUGAAGGAACAACUCAUCAAAUCUCUUACGGCUCAAAUCGAAGCAAUGAAGACGUUGCGCAAACAACAAUUGGACUCCAUGGAACUGGAGAAAGACGAUACUGCGUCGCCUGGAACUUUGGUGCUCCCUGAAAAUUACAAACAGCUAUUCAAUGAAACCUACAAAACACUUACGAAAACAAAGAACGAAUUGAACCACACCAAGGACAUGUUAGAGGCCAUUGUGGUUGGUGUUGCACUUGGAGGCGCAACAGGCAAUCCAACCAUUUCUGGGCAACAUGACCCUCAGGAGCUCGGACAUAAAAUUGUCACUAAAAUCUCCAUGUUACAGACUGAGAAUGAACAGCUUCUUCGAAUGGUGAGUCUUGGAAAUCGCCUGGGACUUUUGGCAGAAAUUGGACUUCUACGCAAGGAAAAUGAGGCUCUCAAAAUGAAAAAUUGA